AUGAUGGGGAUCCGACAUGGUCAUGUUAAGAAGAACGAGGAAAACGACGAGAGCGCCGCCAAGCUGCCGCAAGCGAGCGAGUGCAGCCUCGUGUCGGAGUUGGGACGACAAGUAGCCUCGUCGCUCAGUCCUGUGGGAGUGACGUGGCAGAAGAGGAGGGUUAUGCUCUCCCAGACGCGGAUCAACUUCGGCAAGGCAGACACGGACCUGCUGAUCGACUUCAUCCCCCUCGUCGAGGUCAAGUCGGUAGUGCACAAUGUCAGGAAGCGGCACGACGACCAAGGGAGUCUCAAGCAACAAGAGCGCGACGGGCGACGUUCGAAGAAGUUGAAGAAGGCUGACAUGCAGUUCUCCGACCAGAUCUACUUCGCGGGCGACGACGAGGAGGAGGACGAGGAGGAGGAGCCUAACGUUUUCACCGUCUACACCAUCCCCAACGGGCGAAACUCUGGGAGGCCAACCGUGCUGCGAGCUGGCGACAAGCAGGAGCUGGAAAAGUGGCUGGCUGGGAUCGAGCACGCGAAGAAGGUGGCAGAGAGGAUUGAGCUGGCGAAGGGAGACGUGGGGAUGUUGGCGCGGGAAAGGAGGUUGGCGCGGGAGCUGUACGAGAGCUUCGGCUUCCAGCUCGCCAUCGGCCUCGUCAUCUUCUUCUCCUACGUCGCUUCCCUGGCAAACGCGCAGCUGCUGCCGGAGAGCGGAAGCGACAUGGACAGAAACUUCAGGAUCAUUGAGCUCGCCGUCACAGCCGUCUUCACUCUGGAGCUGGUCGUUAACCUUUUCGGGCACUGGUUCAACAAAUUCUUCCGGGACGGAUGGAAUGUGUUCGAUUUUGUUGUCGUCAUUCUCGCGCUGGCUUCGGUCAUCUUUGACCAGAUCCCUGCGAUCAACGUUCUCCGUCUUGUCCGAGUCUUCAAGAUGUCGGAGAAGUUCUUCCGCUGCUCGUUCAUCAGCAAGGAUGAGAUCGAUGGAAGGAAGCGGUCUAUUCAGAACUUACAGCAGCUUAUCUUCGCCGUCAAGAUGCUCAUCUCGUUCGUGGAUCAGAUGGAGAAGAAGGACGUGGGAGCGAGCGCGAUGAAGCAGACGAAGACGAGAAAGCAGAUCCUUGACAAGCUCUUCAAGUCAAGCAUGUGCACCUCCUUUGCCGCAUGGAAGAGCGCGGUCUUCGAUCCGCAGGAGGAGCAGGAGGAGCAAGAGGAGGCGAAGGAGAAGGAGGAGAAGUCAAAGAACUGCUGCAUGAACUUGGAGAGGAAAAUCUCGAGCAUGCAGCAGCGACUGGAUAGGAUGGUGGAAGAGGAGGAGCAGGUGAAGUCGCAGCUGGGAAAGAUUCUGUCGAUCCUCGAGAAGGGCGAGCACAAAUCUGCUCCUCACUCCGUCUUCGUCCUCCCCCCCGAGCCCCGCAGCCUCCCGGUGAUCCAUCGAGGAGAGGGAGGAGAGGGAGGGAGGAGGGAGGGAGGGAGCGGGGGCAGGAGGGGCAGCAAGGACGUGGAGGUGAGAAAGGGAGCUCGAAGGAACGGGAGGAGCAGGACGGACCUGGGGGAUCAUCAGACGCAGAUCAUCAUGGAGAACGGACACUGCUAUUUCUCGGGGAGAAGGAACGUCCCGCUGCCGGAGGAGGAGGCGGGAGAGAGGAGGAGGAGGAAGGACAGCAGCUCUCAACUCUCGACGCCUCGCGACGGAUGUGGGCGCGUCCUCAUCAAGGUCCCCUGGACGAGCCUCGCCCAGCAGGCCGUGAGCAAGGAACAUGCUCGUAGUCAACCCCAGCUCCUCCCCAGCGACUGCAGGGACUCGUCGGUGUCGCUCCUCCUCCUCGACAGCAAGUUCGUCUUCCUCGAGGCCUUCCAGGGCGUCGCCUCGGCUGUUCAGGAGACGAGAGUCCAGCUGGGGGCAAGCUGGGAGGAGAGCUGUGCAGCUGCGAUGGAGGAGAUGGAGUGGAGGCUGAUGAGGGAGGAGGAGGUUGACCUGCAGCAGAACAUCUUGGUUGACCUCUCCUCCUCCGAUCUCCUCGUCCAACGUCGCUUCAUAUCGGCAUGCCCGCGGACUCACGGUUGGCAUCGCGCGCGAGGUCAGCGGUGA